GGGGCACUCAAGUUCAGACUGAUAGUAGCUAAAGCACAGCAGUGAGAGACGCGUGAUUUCACUGGAACUGCACUUCACAAGGAAAAUGGAUCCAUCAGGUGACCUAGAAGAGGAUGGUGACCUUUUUGAUGCUGCAGUCCAACUGAGCAUUCAAGAGUCAUUUAAAGACAUCGCCUCUCUCGGAAGUGUGGAACAUCAAAAGAUCUUGGAUGCAAUUUUCCGAGGUGACCUCUUUGCUCUGCAGGAGCUGUCGGACUAUCCUGCCGCAUUCACUGAGGUGGAUAGCAAGGGGUGGUACCCAAUUCAUAGAGCUGCUGUCCAGCAAUCUGUGCAGGUGCUGGAGAUGGUACUUUAUGUGGUUGGUAGAAAAGGUUCCUACAGGAUGAGUUUAGAGGAGGAAACCGCAGAUGGAGAGACGCCAUUGAUAUUGGCGACUCAAGCUGGGCUGGUGGAGAUUGUUAGGACUCUGCUUGAGCACGGAGCUUCACCCAACAGAAUAAACAGCAAAAAUGAAUCUCCUUUAUUACUGGCCUGCCCUAAAAAGUGGACUGCCAUUCAUGAGGCGGCCAAGGUGGGCUGCACUGACAUUCUUACACUGCUGCUGCAACAUGGAGGGAACGUGUCGGAGACGGAAGAGAAUGGAGUGACGCCCAUGGGGAUUGCAGCAGAGUAUGGACAAGCAGAGGCACUGGACAUCCUUAUUCACUAUGGUGGCGAUGUAAAUGCUCAAGCGCCAAAUGGAGACAGUGUGCUAUAUGAUACUGCUGGCUCUGGCAAUCCUGUUUGCAUUGAACUUUUACUUCAACAUGGAGCUGAUCCCAACAUCGCUAAUCUUUCCUUACAGCUUCCCAUCCACUGGGCAGCGUACAAAGGGAAUUACCUUUCUCUUUACAGCGCCUUAAGAAUGUUAAUCCCAGUAACCACAAGGAAAGCCCUCCGUCUCUCAGGCCAGAGCCCAAUUCAUACAGCUGCAGAUGGAGGCCAUGUCCGAUGCAUGGAACUCCUGGUGGACAGAGGUUUCGACGUCAACGCUCUUCUUGACACAAAUGUUUCGGAGAAAUAUGGAGAUAUGCGGAAGACUGCUUUGCACUUUGCGGUCUCCAAUGGAGAUGUGACUGGCGUCCAGUUGCUGUUAAACGCAGGAGCCAAAACGGACAUGGAUCCCCUGCACUGCCUCCUAGUGGCGGUGAGAACUGGGCGUUAUGAGAUUGUCAGGAUUCUCCUGGCUAGCCAAGCAGAUGUGAACUGUUACUUCACAGAAGUCAACGACACAGUGUUUCCCACUGCCUUACAAUACUGCCUGAGGGAUGAGAUGAUGAUGCGACUGCUGUUAAAUGGUGGUUAUGAUGCAGAGAAAUGCUUCUGUUGUCCUCAUGACUCAACAUGGGGUUGUUCCUCAGAACAUACCAGUGAGAAGGUUCCAUUUUGUGAUUUCAUCAGCGUCUCUUGGCUAGUGCAGUUCUCUGGAAGAGCUGUGCAGGUUCUCCUCGACUACGUCAAUCAUGUUAUUAUCUGCUCCAAGCUGAAAAUGGUUCUAAAGAAGCAUAAAGAGUGGACUGAAAUUGCAGAAAUAUUGGGGAAUCCUCGUUCACUGCAACACCAAUGCAGACUUGCCAUCAGGAGAGAGAUGACUCCACUAAGGCUGGGUGAUCCAAAGUUCAUAAACUCAGCUCCUUUCCCACCAGGACUGAAAAGCUACUUGAUGUACAAAGAGCAUGAUUUGUAUGGACGAAUCCUGUAUCAGGAGUGAUGGCUAAAAGUUAAGGAGAAAGCACUUUGAGUUUUAUUCAAAUUAACAUCAGGUUGACAUGAACAGAGCUUUCGCUAUUUUUCCGUCAUGAGUUCAAAACACUUAAAGUGUGAAUGUUAAGUGUUUUUAACACUUCACAUUGAACAUUACUAUGUGAAUUUUGCAUCACUUCCAAAGGACUUUGCCUCCAAAGCAAUGUCUUGGUGCCAUUAGUGCAAUAAAAUAAUGUUCUGGCUGACAAAAACAUGGUUUAAUCAGAUAAAAAAUAAAAAUGUUGAUGCCUGUUCUAUGACGUCAGACUGCUUUCCAUCAAGUACCACCUACUAGUGUAAAAUAAAGAUUUUCCAUUUGUUUUCCAUUUUAACUUUUAAUACAGCACAUGCACAACACAGACAAGGGGUAUUUAUUGUGUUUAUUAAAAUGCACGUAAGAUUGCAUCACACACCUCGGUGCUUCUAAACUGUGGUUAUAGAAUGAUCUGCACCGUCACAGUUGAAGUAACUAAAGCAGGUCAUAUCUACUUUAUUUAUAGCUUUAUGCCCUGUUUACAUCAUCAAGCAUAUUCUGCAAUCUGUCAGGCAGAAACCUUUGACUUAUGCAUUAUCAGAAACUCACCACCUAACCUUGUGAUAAACUCUCAGAAACAUUAGACGCAUUUAUAGUUUACUGUAUACUUAUCUGAGCCUUUUCAAGUACAUCUGAUAAUUUAAUUUGAUAGAGAUGGUUACAGAUGGAUAGCUUUUGAAAAAGUCUGAGCAUAUCAUGACAGUGUAAUGUUUGAGUACUGUUCGCUAGGUUAUACACACAUGCGAGUAACUUUCCAACAAUAAGUGUAUUUGAAAAGAAUCUGGUAAAAGUAGUUACUGCACAAAUAUGUAAUAUCAAUUCUAGAGCUCCAGAGGUUUUCUGGUAUCUUCACAGCUGCUUUAGAGGACAAGCUAAGCAUAAAAGGUAGCAGUUUAAUAAAUCCAAUCUAUUUGGUCACUCUACUUGUAUCUACUUAUUAACUUCAAAACCGUUGGCAUUGAUAGGGGUUAAACAGUGUUACAUGAGAUUCUUAAUGCAUCUUGAAUCUUCCAACUUGAUACAAAUUAGUUUAGUUUUAGUGGUAUCCCUAAGGGGCAGUUUCUUAUGUCAUUUUUGGCCAACAGCUGCUGACAAGUCUCAACACUACAUCAUAUGCAGAUACUCUGUCCUGCACCCUCCUCCACUUAAGUUCCUCCACCAGCUUCCUAAUGACUAACCGUGUAUCUUACACGUCCAGAAGCCUCCACUAAUCCCACUUUCAAGUAUCGAGGCAGCAUUAAAACUUAUACUCACAAAGGAGACAUGGUGUUACAAGUAUGAGCAACUUUGGGUACCAUAAACAGCUUGGCAAGUAUGAGGACAUCGAUGUAGAUUAACUUCUGGCCUCCCUGACUAAUAAGGAAAUCCAAGAUCUGGAAAAAGGUUAUGGCUGUAAUCGAACCCGAUAUGAACAUACCCACUAGGCUAAGGCUAGAGGACCAGAUGGCCAAGCAGCCAACAGGCACUUUUAGCCGAGAGGCUCUGCUGAAGUACUGGGAGUUAAUUCCUACUGGCAACUCAGAAUUUCCAGUACAAAUGGAAUGUAGCAUAAGUAUUGGAUGUACUUUAUUUGAGGGUACAAUUAAGGAUGUCAAACACAGCACCUGGAGGGCUUGAAGAUUUUUACCCAUAAGUUAUGGAUAGCUUUGGUUAGCUUAGCUAGCAACAUUGAAAUUCAUGAGAAGUUCCUAAUUUUAUACAAAAUAACACUAUCAAAUUACAUUUUUAUUUCUUCAAAAAGAGUUCCAAAGACUGCAACAUUGCUUCAACAGAACAGUUAUUGCUCAUCUGGUGUCUCAGUUGUCUCAGCUGGUGAUAUCUUUCUUAAUUAAGCAUCAUUGCUUGAGGUAUGCCAGAGCUCAACCUUGCUUUCCUUUCUAUUGUGACACACAGGACAGCAUGGGUGAGUGCCAGACAGAUAAGAGUGAAGAGGAAUGUGGCAGUGAAGAGCCUGAGGAUAAUGAAGAGGAGGGAGAGCAACAAAACUGGGGGCUCUGAACGAGGUGAUGGGGAGAAAGAAGCAAGGUCAAGCAAUUCUAAUUUUGUGAGCUUGUCCAGAUUAGAUUGCAAGAGGACCCCAACCCCACUGACGUUGUUAAGAUCUUGGAAAACCUCUUGAGUAACAACAACUCUUUGAGUGAAGUCAACCUAAACAACAUUGAGAACAUAUUCCAAGAGGUUUUGGUGAGAUUUACGGAUGCAUUUAUUAGCAACACUUGACGUUGAGGUUUUCAGCCUUGCCAACACCCACGCAGAUGAUCAAGUAGAUUAUGUUGAUUCCAACUUCAUUUCAGGCAAAGCUAUUCUGGCUUUGAUUGGGUCACCUCACUACAACACAACACUAGUGGAGCUCUGAUUCCACAACCAGAGGCACAUCUGUGAAAAUCACCAUCAUAGAAAUGGUGAAAUUGCUAAUGGACAACACCACCCUGUUGAAACUGGGUUACCACUUUCACUUACCUGGUCCAAGGAUGAGCGCAACUGGUAUUUUAACCCCCAACCAGGACUGCCAGAGGCUAAUGCGGCUGCAACAAAGGAAAGAACAAGAUGAUCUAGAAAGAAGUGAGGAGCAAUCUAAGACAUGUGACACUGUGGAAAAUACACAGUCCCUUCAGUUCCAGAUUUCAACAGAAAAAGAUGCUACACAAGGGGAGCAGCCAUUGGUCUGUUCUCAUUUACUAAAACAUCCUCACAGUCAACCAAAUGUUGUGAACAAUGUUCCAACUAAAAAAAAAAAAAAAAAAAAA